AUGGCGCAGCAGAUGAUCGGUGCUGAGGGCAUGGAUGGCAAUGAGAUCAUGAAGCCUUGCACAAUGCCACACAGCUCUAUGGGCACAUCCACCCCAUUUCACUGGAGGUUUACGAGGGACUCGCUGUGGUCUGGCGAGGCAGAGGCUUGGAAGCUGGCCUCUCUGACAAAGUCUAUGCUCAGCAAAGGCUACAUGAAGGAGGAGACACUCUGUGCCAGAGACUUGGAGAAGACGAACUCUGGCUUGAGAUUUGGAGAUGGCCAGAAGCGAGGGCUGAGCAGCAAGCUGGCGCGGCUUGGAUGA